AUGGAGGACACGGCAGAAUUGAUUAUUGAUAAGAACACCUUACUUGUUAGUUGCGAAAACGGUGUUGUGGUGGAAAUAGAAGCCCCAGAACCUGGUUCGUAUGACACAUCCAAAACAUACCAGAUUACAGGAUUGGCCAUGAGAACAUACACAUUCAAAAGUAUCAAAUCUAGACUCAGGAGAGAAGAGGAGGAAGCUCGGAAAGCAGCCGAGGAGGAAUUACGUAAAAAGGAAGAAGAAAAGCAGCGAAGAAUAAGACGUGAAAGAGGAAUAGAAUCGGAUGAUGAGGAUAAUGAUGACGAUAACAAAGUCUUGGAACUUCUCGGAUUAACACCAUCAGAGUCCGAAUCUGACAAGCCUCUUAAGCAGACUAUUAACACUGACGUCGAUGGCAAAGAAGAAGAACCUGAGCCAGAGCCACUGUUUAUACCAGAAGACCCAAGUCCCAUUCAUUAUGUGUGCUAUAGUACAAAACCAGACCACUUCUGGCUUUCAGUGGGAGGCUACGAUGCUGGUUACCUCUAUGAGUGCGGGUUUGUUACGGAAGCCGAACGGGAGGCCAGAAUAAAAGCGGGACAGGAAGAUAGAAUCGGAGAUGCCAAGACAGCUAUUCCCAUGUUUGGUACAAAUGAUGUACCAAUUAGAUGUAUCUAUUACUCUCCCGGUCGUGAUCAAGUUCUCAUGGGUAUGGAAGACGGUUCUAUUCGAAUCCAAAUGCUGGAAGAAGACGCUGAAAAGAAACAAUUGGAUAUAAAUAAGCUCUCACAGUACUGGUCAUUGAAUAUGCAUGACAAUAACUACGGUCCAUUGACCGGCAUAUCAAGCAGUUACGAUAACCAGUUUGUGUUGUCUGUCGCCGCUGACGGCAACAUCUUUGUAUAUGAUCUGAUGAGUGAGGAGAAGAUUGAGGAAGCCAAGAAAAUAUUCCGGGCGAAGAUUCCAUCAGCUAGGAAAGGACUUGAAGAUGAGAGAAAAGUAGAAGACAUCGAACAGAAGGGAUUUUAUAGCAUUGAGAUGGAGAAACAGAAAGCAGAACAUGAUAAAAUGAUGAAGGAGGCAGACGAAAAGAAACUGACUAGAAGAAUAAAGAGUUACCUGACCAUCUUCAGCUGGAGAGGAAGGAGUUUGAAAUGGAUCCUGAAAUCAAGACGAGAGCUGGAAAAACACAAGCAAGACAAGAUCGAAUUGGUACACAGAGAACUGGCUUGGGAAUCUGAAAAGCUACAAAUAGCGUUAGAUAAACUGAAAAACAGAUUUCGUGAUGAGCUAGAAACCGACCGUAUUGUCAUCUUUUCCAUCAAGACUCCCCAUAAAGUUGCUUCUUUCCGUGCUGCUGGAUUGUCUGAGGAGUUCUUCAAACUAAAAUGUCAGAUGGAGAACCGCAGAGCUACUAUUUUAACUGAUAAGGGUUUGAGUCGAGAUCCGACCCGUGAACUCACAGGUGCUGCUAAGAAAUCUGACAGCUUUGUAGAAGGUGGCCUUCAACCUGGACAACAAGACAUGAAGAAAUCAACGCUGUUAACUGGAAGAGCCGGCGAGAAAGUGAACAAAGCAUUACAAAAAGUGGAAAAGGCUAAACAGAAAAGAGCUGCCAGACAAGCUCUUUGGGAUGCAUUGUACACUGGCAAACCGCCGGAUGACUACGAAGACCCAGCCGAUGUGUCCGCCAUCAAAGAAGCCCAAGAGAACAUGGGGGAUUACAAACUGAAAACCGCUAAGGAUUACACCGUACCUGAACAGCUGCGAAUGAAUGCUGAGAAGAAACGUAACCAACUACUGGUUCUUAUAGAAGAGAUUUACAGACACAAGAAAUCGUUUAAUCAGAGAUUGAUAGCUCUACGUGAUAAGAAGAUCAACGUGAUUGAUGAAAUCCAACAGUACAUCAAUGAACUGAUGGAGGUGCAGUCAAAGUUGUCUCCCAACCAGAGGAAACAUAUCCCCAAAUGUCCUGAGUUGUAUCCGUGUGAGAUUCCUGAAAGACAAUUUCAGUACACACGUGAUAGUCUAAUGAAGUUUAAGGAAGACAUGCAACAGCGUAUUAUUGAGGAACAAGCAAAAGCUGCGGGUGCUAGUGGAUUUGGUACUGGAUUUGGAAGUGGAUUCUCAGCCCCUACACAAGGGGGUCCACCCACAGAGCAGAGACCAGACCCUUCUGUUAUGUCUGUCUCUCCAUCUGUUGACAAGAUGAAGACAAACAUGUCUGUGGGUUCAACAUCCGCUUCCACAUCAGAAACCGAAAUCGAGUUGUCCCCGCUGGAAUUGCAGAUGAUGAAAGCUGAGGAGAUUCGUUUGCUCUACCAACAAAACCGACUCCUUGGCAAAAUUGAUGAGAAAAUCUUGUAUUUUGAUGCUGAGUUGAGAAUUCUCCGACAUGUCAAGCAUAAGCUAGAGAUUGACCUUAAGAAUGCUGACUUGAGACAUGUGACCCUGUUUGAAGAGCUACAACUGUUGAAGGAGUUUGAGAAGAGAGAAAAUGUGCUUGCUGAUAAGGUGGAAGGCAAGAAUCGUGAGAAAGGGGACAUGCAAAUGAAGGUAAUGGAGUGUCAACAAAAACUGGACAAUAAGAAAAAAGACAUUGAACGGUUGCAGGAGAAAGAAAAAACAUUGUGCACGCAGUUCCAACAAUCAUUGGGUGAAAACAACAAGUUUGCUGAUUUUCUGACCAAGGUGUUUAAAAAGAAGAUCAAGAGAGCUAAGAAGAAAGCACAGACAGAAGAAGGUUCUGAUGAAGAAAGUGAAGAAGAAUCUGAAGAAGAAUCUGAUUGGUCGAGUGAGGAUGAGGAGAGUGAUAGUGAGGCUCUGGAUGACUCAGUCUGCCCUCCAGGAUGUGAGCAGGAAAUGUUUGACAAUGUGUGUGCAAUGAGGGAGAAAAGACUGGACAUAGAAGAGGCCAUGGCAGAUGAGAAGAAGUUACACGAUAAUAUGAAGAAAGACUCAGAGACUUUACAAAAAAAAGCCAAGAUUAUUGACUCUAAUCUGAGAACAGCGGAAGCAGAUCUUGAAGCUUUCCAG